AAAGUUUUCAAACAAAAAUGGCGACCUCAGGAGACGAACGUGGAAAACCGAGGGUGCUAAUUUUAGGCGGGACUGGUUUUAUUGGCCGAAACCUUGUCACCUACCUUGUGGAAAAUGGUUUGGUUUCAAAGGUGUGUGGAAUGCAUAAAUAUUAAGGUUCGUGUGGCAGACAAAGUCCCACCAGCCCUAGCGUGGCUAAACCAGAAACAUAAGGAUGUAUUUAACGACCCGGUGGUGGAGUUCAAACAGUCCAGCCUGAUCAGUCCAGCAUCAGUUGUCAGUGCCUACAGUGAUCCUGAGGGUGAAUAUGAUUUUGUUAUCAACCUUGCUGCAGAAACCAAAUAUGGACAGACAGACGCGGUAUACCAGGAAGGGACGGUGAACCUGAGCAUGAACUGUGCACGAGAGGCAGCCAAGCGUAACAUACGAAUGUUUGUAGAGUUCUCGACAGGACAAGUGUAUGCUGCAGACAAGAAACCUGCCCAUGAAGAUAGUAAAAUAGAACCGUGGACUGUGUUAGCCAAGCAUAAACUGGAGGUGGAGAAACGGCUGAGGAAUCUCGGAGGGCUCAAUUAUCUCAUUGUCAGACCUGCCAUUGUGUACGGCUCGGGGGACAAAACAGGAUUAGCCCCUCGUUUGAUCAUAGGUGCAAUCUACAAGUACACACGGCAGAAAAUGAAGAUGUUGUGGACCAAAGACCUCCAGAUGAACACAGUUCAUGUCAAUGAUGUGUCUCGUGCCGUGUGGCAUCUUUGUAACUAUGGUAACAAAGGUCAGGUGUACAACAUCGUUGACAACAGCAACACCACACAAGGAAGAGUCAGUGAGCUGGUGUCAGAAAUAUACGGCAUUAAGUACGACUUCAUGGGGUCUGUAGUCUCCAAUAUAGCAAGAGUAAACAUGACAUCCGUAGUGGAGGACAUCAAUGACCGACACAUGCAGCCAUGGGCGGACGCGUGCGAACGUGACGGAAUAGUCAACACACCACUUAAUCCAUUCCUAGACCAGGAACUUUUGUACAAUAAGAACUUAGCUCUGGACAGUUCCAAGUUAAAAGCCACUGGAUUUACGUACAGUAUACCAGACUUAACAGUAGGAAGUCUUAGAGAGAUUUUAGAUGAUUAUAUUAAAUCCGGACUCUUUCCACAUUCACUGUUGUCUGCUGAGAUGUUGUGGAAUGGUGUUGGGGAAGGUGAGACAGAGGAAAUUCUGGUGGAGCAGAAUGGUUCAGAGAAUUCCUAGCAGUUUAUUUCCAGUAUUGCAUUUCUAUCCACAUUCCACGUUGUAUGAUGCUUAUCUCACGGUUUUAAAUGUGUCCUUGUUAAAAGUGUGCAUGACAGAAAAUGAAAGCUACUUGUACUUGUGUUUUCAAAGGUUAAUUUGAAAAGCAUUCCUCGGAAUAUUUUUUUUUCCAGGCAAUAUUAUUUUGGAAUUCUACAGAUAUUGAAGAUAUUUGUAUUUGUAUGUGUGAAGCUGCAUUUGAUAUUGUUAGCCAUUUACAUAUUUUAUGCAUUUCAUUUACGGUGCGCAUUUUAUGUCAACAUUUUUAAAUAGAAUCCCACUGAGCUCAAUUUAUGCUUGUGUACUAUUGCAUUCCUUGUUUACGUAGUAGUGAAGUGCUUACAUAGAGUUUAAUCUGCUGUUCCCAUAUAGGGCCACACACACAGACAUGUUCUGUGAUUCAAUGAUUGAAAUAAACAUUGGUUGUUUCCCCUCUUUCUUGAUCCACUAUUUUGAUUAGGUAGGUAGGAAAAUAUUUUUUCACAGGAAGCGUAAAUUUAAAUAAAUAACAUUCAAUGAGCCUGUCACUUAAUAAGUGACCCCUAGUUUGGCUAAACUUUUUUUUCUCAGCUCCGAAAAAGACAUAGAAAAAAGUGAAGAAAUCUAUUUUUUUUUGGGGGGGGGGGGGGGGAGAAAUAAGUCUUUGCAAUUUGUCUUCAUGUGUAGGAAAUGGGGAAGAAAACAAUUUCAAUUGUAGUCAGGCUGAAUCAACGGGUAGGAAUGAACUAGUUGAUGUACGAUUGACUCUUUUACGAUGACGAUUUUAACCCUUAAGAAAUUUAAAAUCUACAGUGCUCAACAUGGGAAUGCUGUUUUUUCUCAAUUUUGUUCAAAAACUUGUCACAAGUCAACAUAUCAUUUACUGCAUUUAUUUUUAUUGUAUGGAUUACAGUCACUGUUGCUUAAUCAUUCAUACAGAAGUUGUUCCAGGAGACUUCUAGCAAGCGGUGUUUUUUAUCCACUUUUUGCUCAUUACCAAAGACUAUUCAGGCAUCCUCCUUAACCAUCCAACACCCGUCAGACACAAUGAAAUUUCCUUCUUUUUUUUCUCUCUCUCUUUUUUAUGAAAUCUGUAUUCUCCUUUUUUUUGUUCAGACCAGAUGAUUUUUUAAAGGAAAAAGAAAAACCAAAGGGGUAUGUUUAUUGAAACAACUGAAAUGAUACUAUGGAUGGUGUGACAUAACGAUGUCAAAGGUCAUGCAGACUUAGAGGUCAAAUGCUGGCCAAGGCUGUGUUAAGCCUUAAAGCAUUCACCUGUACUGGAUUUAGAAAUUUUAUUGUUUGUCAUUGCAAUAUUUACUUUAGUGUAAUUUUUAUAAAAAUUGAUAUGCCUGUUGGUGAGGUAACCAUGGCAACUACAUUCUGUACAUAGACAGUAUCUAUACAUUCCUAACUUCAUAAUGUAUGGUGUAUUUUUAAUAUGUACAAUGUAUGAGGGGCAAGAUCGAAAGUAAGUUCAAUGUCUGACAAAACUAAAUUUGCAUAGUUUUCAUCAAGACCCCCACCCCCACCCCUCCACCCCCUGACCCCUCUUAAAUCAAAAUAUGAUGAAUGUUGGUCCAAAUUGAUUAUCAAGUACUUACGAACAAAUAACCUUCUAUAUAUCAUGUUAUAUAUAUUUUUCCAACUGUUUAUUUAUAAAUGAAAAGGAUUAUGUAGCCUUUAAAUGCCACUUUAAGGGUACAUCAAAAUGUGCCAAAUAAAAAGUCAUGGAAUCAAUGUCAGAUGACAGAGACACUUGGGCAAGUAAAUAACACACACACACACACACACACACACCCAACUACAUGAAUUUAGAUUUUAUCCAACUUCUUUUGAUCUUGCCUCUAAUGUGUAUUGAAGGUUUUAGUAUGACUUGUACAAAUGUCUGUACAUCAUAUUUUUGAGAAUAGAAAUUGUGUUCAUUUAUUUAAUCAGGGGGCAUAUUGUUUUUGUCCUGUCUGCUAUUCUGUAAUUCUGUCCAAAACUCGAAACUUCCUAUUAACUUUUGAACUGAAGAAAAAAUUCAAAGUUUAGCAAAAUGAUAGAAACAUAUAACUGUUUUUAUAUUUCAUUUCAACAAACAUUCUCAACCAUUUUUGUGAAAGAAACAACAGCUGCAUAAAUUUUAAGGGACAGAGAUCGGUAUUGACAUUGCUGUGGUAUCUAUCUCAUGAAAUUGGGAUCAGUAUUAACAUACAGGUGGAUAUUUUGUCUUCACAACUGUCACUCUCUGGGGCAUUUGUAUUUAUCAAACAAAUCUCUUUUUUUAUUUAUUUAGAUUUUGAGUCUUGGAAGUAGAUGUGUAUGUCUUGACCAGUACUCUGGCUGUAGACCGGACUGAUGCUAAUAAUUUUUGACACCAUUGUAAAGUGCUGCAUGACAUGGUGCUGUUUGUGUGCAACAUUUGCUUUAUAUGGAAAUCUCAUUGUUUUCAGUUUUAGAAGAAUUUGCUUUUUAUCUGAUACAUAGCAGGUCUUGUUUUAUCAAAUGACUUUUUAGCUGAAUGCUCAAGCAGACUUCUCAUAUAGACUGAUGGAAAUUUGCCUUGUCAUCUGUGUAUACAUGUAUUUGAAUUUCCAAUAUGUUUUUUUUUUUUUUUUUGCCUUCGAUAUCUUUACCAAUUGAAGUGAUUGUCAUUUCCUCAUGAAUGCGAACAAUAUGUGUAUUAUUACAGGACCACAAUAGGGGAUUCAAAGUUUCACAAUGGAAACUAUAGGAAAAUUCUGUGAGAAUUGUCUCAAGAAUCACAAGGCACUAUAUGAUAUGGAACACCCUUACGAAGUGCAGAUUCUAGCUAAUUGAAUUGACCCCAUGAUCCGCAAAAUCACUGUGAGGCCAGAAUAAACCUUUGAAAGUUUUAGGAGGUUUUUUUUUUUUAAAUCCUUUCAAGAAAUGCAAGGACUUAAAUUGAAAUUGAAGUUUGUUGACACCUAAGCCUUAGGAAUUAAGUGGCACCUAUAAACAAUACAAUACAGUUUUCUACAGGAUAAAACCUUCCAAUAGGACUGUCUAGAACCACCCGUGUAGUAUAUCUGAUGUGCAAAUGUAGUCCAAUAGCACUCACACUUGUUCACACCGCGAUCCUUGAGGAACACUAGAGGGGUAUCAAGUUUUAUGUGUUUUAUACAUGGGAGCAUUUUAUAAAACUGGCGGAUCCAAAUCCAUAAAAAAUAUGGUGGAAAAUGCAACUUUUCUGGUUUUUCUUGUUUUAAGAGUAUUUUCUAAGAGUGAAUACAUUUAUUUUAUUUUGACUCAUGUUUCAUUAUGUAUUCAUUAAUUUUGCAAUAAUUGUCAAUAUAUGCAAGAAUCCUACAUCCUCUUGUUAUGAUUAAGGAAGUGUUUUACAAGUUAUAAAAAGACAGUUCGACCAAAAAAAAUCAAAAAUCCUGAAGAAUUCAAAAUGCUGAAUAGUUGAAUGUAUGGCGUUACAUAUUAAUCAUUCCAACUUAACGGUAAAGAGCAAAUUAGAUGGAUAUUUGUUUGGACGGAAAACAGGAAAUCCUGAAAAAGCAAACGCAGUUUUCAGCGAAAAUGAUUUUACUGUUGUUCAUUUUUUAAUUUGCCUCUACUCUGUGAUCAAAUGUGUAUGUUUUUGAGUUGGCACUAACGAUUUAUUACAAGGAGCUGUGUUUAUCAUCAGAAAAAAAAGUUAUUUUAAUGUAAUUAAUUUUACAAAGUCUCCAUGUUAUAAGACAGUAUUGUGUAUUGCUGACAUUUUGUAUCUUUCUUUGCAUAUCAUUUUCAGUGUCUGGUGUACACCAUUUUGAUGUCGUUUACAAUUGUUACUUUUUUUCAAUGAUUAACAUUUUGCCAAACAUGAUUUGUUAUUAUUACAACACAAAGCCAAACAAUAAAUUUUUAUUCAAUAUGUAA